ACUGAACAAUCGCUGAUCAUAAUGAUAACAUAAAAAUCACUAAAUUGUUAUAUAGAUUGCAAUGAUUUAGCUAGUUAUAAUAUAUGUGGAGUGGUUAGCUAGAUUACACCAUCUAGCCAGUAAUCAAGCAGAGUGUUCGAAGGAAAUAGUUGGGCCAUAGUAACUUGUGAAAUAAAGUUCAGUUCCCGUUAAAAAUUGUUUGUCAAAAUAUAUCACACCCUGAAACUCCCUAUCGGCUUACCUAAUAACCAUGGCAUGCAAGUUGACAUUUAAGGUAGUGUUUUUCCUCUCAUGAUUUGACGUAAGAUGUAAAUGGGCAGGACAGGACCUGUGUCACUGAGAUGGUACACAAUGAUCAAAAGACAAAAAUAAAUAAAUAUAUAAUGUCUGUAUAUAAAAAGCUUCUAUACUGCAACAUACUACGCUAAUGUGUUUCCUGUUUAUUUAGUUGUUUGUUUACUCGCUCACUUUCACUUAUUUACUGUAUAGUGAACAAUUUCCUUCUUUAAGGAAUCACUGAGGUUUAAUCUUAAUGUUCUACUUCACAUCGCAUGAAAAGCCUGGAGAUCUAGAAGUGCAAACAUCAAAAGCAACAUUAACACGUACCAGAAAAUACUAAAGGCAUAACGUUACAACAAAAGAGACUUUUUACAAGGAAAUGAAACACUUCCUGGAAAGUGAAACACAAACGCGCGAUUUGUUUAGGUGUGGCAGUCAGAGAGCUACAGUAUCUGUCAGACUGCACAUGCAUGAAUGUAUUCUUGAAUUUCUUUGUGAACCAUGGAACCUGGAACACGCAGAGAGUCGAAUUCACAAAACAGAACAAAGAGAAAACCUGGGGCAAAUUACUUGAGAUAUACAGAAAAUAAUAAGAAAAGCCUAUUAUCAUGCGCUUGCUCAUUAAUCUGCAAAACUAUGAAAAUGACAGAAAAAAAUUACAGACUCCUUGAUUACAUGGAUGAGAUGCUUCACAGCAUUUUCUUCCUUGGUUACAUUCAUAAGCUCAGAUUGGCUCCUGAAACGUUCUUCAAAGGAACUGAAACAGUUACAGGGGCAAAGGAAAUGUUUCCUCGGCCAUUUGAGAUGUACAAAAGUCAUCUGCCAACUCGCACUCCCUUUUCCAUUCUGCUAGACAUGAUGGAGAUCAUUCAUGACACUGAAGAGAACAUAUUAACAAAGCUUCAAAAACUGUUGGAGAAACUUAAAUUCCCACCCCCUCUUCACAAACCAGGCAACACAUAUGAGCAAUUUUACUCUCUGGAGUCAACAGUAAUAUGUGUGUGUUAUUUAGAUUCAGAUCCACAAAGGUACUACGGGGCAUCUCUUUCCUGCAGAAAAGGAAAUGCAAAGAGAAUUCUGAUCGACGUGUCUUGUCUUAAAACAUGGCACGAGCUUGUAUCCCAUGCAGUCAUGUCAUUUUAUCCAGAAGGUCCUGGCGAUGGUAUAACAUUUCCUACAUCAGUGAAAUGUCAGGCAUACUUUAGAGACUCAAAUGGUUACAACAAAAGAGGUCCAUGCUACAAGUGUCACCAGCUGUUUAAUCUAAGAGACCCAGACCCAGGUAAAGGGGAUCAUCCCUAUGGGAACUGUGCUGAGGCAGAGUGCUUGAGCAAACUACUACUCAUAAAUCCAUACAUACAAGAGGAAACACUGAUGGAAAAUCAUACUGAGGAAAACUUACAGAAUCUCAGACGUUUAACAACAGCACGCUUGACAGAGCAGCUUCAGAAGGUUGACAUUCAAAUGAAUGAUGAGAACAUUCUCUUCUACAGCCCAAUGCAAUGACUUCUGUAAGUCACCUGGGUAAGGAUGUUUACCAAAUGCUGUAGAUGGAAAUGAAAGUAAUAUGUACUUUUUUGUGUAAUAUAUAGUUGAUAUUUAGUGUAGCCAAACCACCUCAUUGUAUGUUUUAGUCUGUAGGAGAAAACCCAAGAGAACCCAGGGAGAAAAUGUUAAAUGCUACAAAGACAGUAACUAAAGAAGAAAAUCAUAACCAGGACCAUGGAGCUGUGAGGCUGCAAUGAUGGUGCACCACCGUGACACCUUCUUUUCUUAUGGUUUUAUCUUAUUUAUUAUGUUUUGUUUGCUUGAUUGCAUUGAAACAUCUACAUAAAAUAAAAUAUUGAAAAUCCCCAGAA